CAAUGCCGUGUCGUUCGACUCUGCUUGCUCUUACACUUCACUGUCCUUCCCGCCUUUCCCUUCCCUUCCUCUAUCGACCUCUGCCCUUUCUCCGAGGUCAAGCGAGUUCGGAUCCAGCCGGAGGCUCAAGUGGCAGGAGGAGUCUGCUCUAAAGAUUCCAUCUUGGGUUCUCCGCCGUUGCCAUUUCUCUGUCCUCGCCGUCGACGAAUGGCCAGCCAUGUGGACAAGGUCGAGGCUCCUCGAAUGGUUGCUUGAUCGCCGGACAUGUUAGAGAAGAGAAAGCUUAUCGGGCGAUUCUUCCACGUAUUGGCUUCGAUUAAACUCUUUUUGCUCUUCGUUUUCCUCUUAAUCCCAAGAAAAGCUCGCUGACAAGGAGCAGGCAUAAUGAGCUCAAGGAACGUUUGGGAAAAGUGCUUAUGCAGCUACUGAAUUGAUGAUAAGACGGUGCUGCUGCUGCUGCGUCAUGGUGAUAAAUAGUUUUGUUUUCUUCUCGAGCCUUGACAAUCUUCGCCUCUGAACUUAUUACGUGACUUCUGGUUUUAUCUAUAAAGUGUUGCAGUGGGUGGGACCUCAUUGGGGAUGCAGCUUCUGUGCAUUUGCACGGAGAGACAUCUUAAAGUAGUAGCUACAAGUUGAUUCCCUGGGAAAAUAUUGACCAUGGUGUAGCAAUGGAAUCUUAUAGACUGGAGCCACCUUCUAAGUUGGGAACUUUAGAUUGGAGUUUCAACAAGAUCAUCCAUCUCCGCCGCCAUGUCGCAAGCUCUGCUGCUAGUGCUUGUUCUAUUCCCGAUGAGGAUGCCUAUUCAAUCCAUAAAUCCAAGCUGUCUCAAAACUUCAGUGACAGUUCCACCAUCCUCUUACAAGAUCUUAAUGGUUUCUACAAAGACAAACACCAGAAGCAGCAAGAAAGUUUCUUUUUGAAGGAGAAAGAAGCCAUGGAGUCUUUCCUUGCCAACCUUUUUGCACGCAUCUCUGCAAUUAAAGCUUCCUACGUUCAGCUCCAAAUGGCAGAAUCCCCAUAUGAUCCUGACAUGAUACAGUCUUCUGAUCUUGCAAUUGUUACCGAGCUCAAACAAGUCUCAGAGCUCAAGCAGACCUACUUCAAGAACCAAUUGGUCAUCCCUCAUCCUGAUUGUGACCCUAACAGAGCCUUUGCUGCUCAGAUUGAAGAGCAGAGAAAUCUAAUCAAGACCUAUCGGAUCACAAUCGACAAGCUCAAGGCUGACCUCAAGAUCAAGGAUUCUGAGAGCCUCACACUGCAGGAUGAGCUCCUUGAGUCAGAGAAAAAUAACAGAGUUUUGGACUCAAAGCUCCACCCUGGCCGGUCCUUCUCAGCCUUGGAUGAUCUGCAUCCCUCUGGCUUAAACUCUACCCAUUUCCUCACUUUUCUUCGAUGCACCUUCAAAUCCAUUCAGUCUUUUGUCAAAUUAAUGGAGAAGGAAAUGGAGUCAGCUGGUUGGGACCUCAAUGCCGCUGCAACUGCUAUCCAACCCGAGGUGUUUCAGUGGAAGAAGCCCGAGCAUCGAACUUCUGUGUUCGAGUCCUAUGUGUGUGGCAAGAUGUUCUCCAACUUCCACCACAAAAGUUUCAAUGUUGAUGGCUUGGAAGGCAGGCUGAUGUGGAGUUCCCCCGAGUUCUUCCAAGAAUUCACUCAACUCAGAUGUGUUGAACAAAUACAGAAGCUCAGUCAACACUCAGCAAUCUCGAGCUUCAUUAGAGCUAAGUAUCUGGAACUCGUGCAUCAGAAAAUGGAAGAAUCGUUCUUUGGAAGCCUCAAUCACAGGGCUGUGCUGAGCUCCUGCCAGCGCUUCCCUAACUCAACAUUCUUCAAACAUUUUGUGGAGAUGGCGAGGGGAGUGUGGCUUCUCCACUGCCUGUUCUUCUCAUUCAAGCAAGACUCAGACCAGUCCAUCUUCCAAGCCCAGCGGGGUAGCCGGUUCUCCGAGGUGUACAUGGAGAGCGUAGUCAUUGACGACAAAUCCAGUAACAAACCCAGCACAGUUGGGUUCACCGUAGUUCCUGGGUUCAAGGUGUGCUCAACUCUGAUUCAGUGCAAGGUCUACCUCUCGCCUGCAGAUCAAUGUUCAUGAUGUCGUCGGGUGAAAGACCGGGAAAGUUCUCUCUCAAUAACCAUGUAAAAGUAUACAGCAGCAUGCAAGAUCUUAGUUGAUCGAGCUUAAUUAUGACGUUGACAAUAGUUAGAUGUGAAUCAUGAUGCAUGGAGGAUUUAGUGAUUUUGUUUUGCAAUGGGAACUAGUUAGUCAAAUAUGAAAUUGUUACAA